AUGGGCGAGGAAGAUGAGGUUACGCAUGCCAGUGCAGGCAACGAUCACUCCAAAGUAGAAGCAAAACUAGUUCUAUUCAGAACGCAACGAAAUGUAUUCGAGCGCCAUAUAACUAAUCUCCACGACAAGGUAAAUUCUGAUGGUGACAAGGAGGACGCAAGAGUACUCGAAUGCAGACUUCAAAUUUUAGAUUCGCACUAUCGUCAAUUAUGCCAAAUUCAAACGCAGAUUGAGAAUUUGCAAAGCACCGACACUGCACGAGCAUCACAAGAAGAAUUGUUUAUCGCCGCAAAGGUGAAAAUCAUGGCUUUAUUACAAGCAAAGCGUCGUCCUAGUGCACCACCCAUGGCAGAAAGCUCCUUUAUAAAUACUACUAUGACUGCUGGAGCUGCACACCAUAACCGUUUGCCUAAGUUGAAGCUGCCAAGCUUUGACGGCAAGUAUGCAACCUUCAAAAGGUUCAAAAGCACGUUUGCAAACUUAAUACACAAUGACCCAUACAUUGCGACAAUAGAUAAAUUCAAUUAUUUAUUGAACUGUUUGUCUGGACCCGCACUAGAAGUUGUGCAGUCCUUUCAGAUAACUGAAGAUAACUACUCCAAGGCGUUGGAACGAUUGGACGCUCGAUACGACAACGACGUACUCAUCUUUUUAGAUUGCAUUUCAAGUCUUUUUGCGUUACCAACGAUGACACAACCCGAGGCGACGACGCUACAGAAACUCGUCGAUAAUGCAUCCGCUAUACGUGGAUCUCUUCUUUCCAUAGGGUCGGCCGAAGAAAUCAUGAACAACAUAAUGAUACACAUACUGCUUUCGAAGGUCGACGCCCAAACCAAAGCGAAGUACAACGAGCAGCAAGGUUUCGAUAAACUGUCCUCAUGGGAGGAUUGUUGCAACACUCUAAACCGUCGAUGUCAAUAUCUUGAGAGCCAAGGCGAUCAUCAGUCAGAUCAGCGUGGCGCAAAGCCCAAGGUUAAACAGGCAUCAACUUCAAAGACGUUUGUGACCACUAAUGCGAACUGUGUGUAUUGCAACUCACCGUCGCACUAUAUCAGCAGCUGCAAUAAAUUCAAGGAGUUAUCCUUGCAGCAACGAAUCGAUUAUGUACGCAAGGCUGGCAUAUGCUUCAACUGUCUACGAAAGACGCACUGCAUGAAAGAAUGCCAAUCAAAAUCUAGAUGCAAAAUUUGUCAAUCAGUUCAUCACACACUUCUACACAAUUUUACGCAAGGUGCCAAUUUACGAAUGCCCGUUUCCACCGCUCCAUCAAAAGUCCAAGACUCGAAUAAUGCUAUGCCCCAAUCAAGCGCCUUGUUGGUGUCACGCACUAUUAAAAAGGGCAUAAUCCCAACUGCAAUAGUCCAAAUUAGAGACAAAUUUGGUCAACUACACUUAGUUCGCGCAUUAUUAGAUUCAUGUUCUGAAAUUAGUUUCAUUACAGAGGAAACAGCAAAACUGUUGCAGCUUGAAAGGCGUCGCGUACAACAAGAAGUGAGCGGUAUCGCAGGUAUACGCCAAAAGAUCAGUCAUAACGUAUUUGCAACGUUAAAGUCACGCUGCUCAGAGUUUGAGUGGUCUUCUACAUUUUCGGUAAUAAAAAAGAUUUGCGCAAACCAACCUCAAGAAACAAUUGACACCUCAGAAUGGUGCUUACCUCCUGGAAUAACUCUUGCUGAUCCACAAUUUUAUUUAUCUACCAAAGUGGAUAUUUUGAUCAACACUAUGGGAUUUUUUGAGGCAAUGCGAGAAGGUAAAUACAACCUGGGUCCAAAUAUGCCCUGCUUGCUUAACUCUGCGUACGGGUGGAUUGUUGGCGGAAGUAUUGGGAGUGCUGAUAUCAGUAAGGCGCAGCAGUGUAAUGUAGUUCAAGAAGCUAGCAGUCUUGAACAACUUGUUAAAAAAUUUUGGGAAGUUGAAGACUGUAUCACUAAACCAGCAAAAUUUACUGACGAAGAACAAAUGUGCGAAGAACAUUUCGUCAACACAGUAAGAGUGCAACAGGACGGCCGUAAGGCUUCCUUUUAA